AUGUCAGAAUCCGUUGAUUUCUACCCAACUAAUGUGAUUGAAUCUUCGAGUUCUGCCGGGAGUAUGCCUCUUCCGCCUCCGCUUACACAAACCCUAGAUCAAGACUUGAGCUUUUGCCGCCAGAAAGUGGAUGAUCACGCUGGUGCACGUAAACGUGUGUUGUUUGAUGAAAUGGCACAACGACCAUUGGAGACCAAUCUAACGGAAUCAGGAUCACAUCCCGAUGAAGAACACAUCGAGCCAUCAGGAUUUCCCGAAGGAUUUGAGGAACUAUUAUUAUCUUCUUUGACUGGUGAAGAUAAUGUUAUUUCACAGCCGUCAGGUCCUUUCAUCGUCGAUGAUGAUACUAAUAAUCAUGUAGACGAGACCAAAGAGUGGAUUUCGUAUGAUCGAAGUGAUACUGAGGUCGACAAACCGUUGCAUUUAGUUGCGUCGGGUUCUUCGAGUUGGUACAACGAGGUUAAGAGGCCGCCAUUGGUGGGUGCAGGGCUUGUCAAUCUGGGGAAUACUUGCUUUCUUAAUGCUGUUCUUCAGUGCUUCACCCACACCGUUUCACUUAUUCAGGGCCUCUAUUCAUAUUCUCAUGCGACGCCUUGUGAUUGUAAGUCCUUCAGCCUGACUUCUUCAUGUAACAAUGAGCGGUUCUGCUUGUUCUGUGCUUUGUGGGAGCACAUCGAUCUUUCAUUAUUGUCCAUGAGAAAAAUAGUCUCCCCGCUGAAAUUUGUUGACAAUUUGGGCUAUUUCUCAUCUUCAUUCCAGAGAUAUCAACAAGAAGAUGCUCAUGAAUUUCUGCAAUGCUUUCUGGAUAGAUUGGAAAGUUCUUGUAGCUUUUUAAAGGCAAAGGAUGUUCGUUUUUCCUCACAAAAUGAUAAUUUAGCUAAGCAAGUUUUUGGUGGUCGUGUUGUUAGCAAACUAAGGUGUUGCAACUGCAAUCACUGUUCUGACACUUAUGAGCCUUCAGUUGACCUGAGUUUGGAGAUAGAGGAUGCAAAUAAUAUUUCAACAGCUCUUGAGUCAUUUACGAAAGUUGAGCACCUUGGAGAUGAAGAGAUAAAGUUUACAUGUGAGAAUUGUAACCAGAAGGUGUCUGUUGAUAAGCAGCUUGUGCUGGAUCAGACCCCUUCCGUGUGCACUUUACAUUUAAAGAGAUUCAAGAACGAUGGCUGUUAUGUAGAGAAAAUAGAUAAGCAUGUGGAGUUUCCUCUGGAGUUGGACUUGCAACCUUACACUUACAACAGUCAAGCUUCUAAUGUGGAUCUGAAAUAUGACCUAUAUGCAGUAGUUGUACAUGCGACAUUUACAUCUACAUGUGGUCAUUAUUAUUGUUACAUUCGUUCUGCACCUGACACAUGGAACAAGUUUGAUGAUUCAAAGGUUACAAAGGUCUCCGAAGGACAUGUGCUCUCAGAGGAAGCAUACAUUCUCUUCUACGCAAGGCAGGGCACACCUUCAUUAUCAAACUUCAUGGAAACAUAUAAGUUGUCCAUGGAUCGACCUUUAUCCAAUAAUUCACCCAAAUCAGUAUUGGACAACGUGGAUCAUCAUUGCGCAUCUCCAUAUGCAUCAAAUUACCAUUCUCAUAGCAUCAUUGAUACGCGCAAAGCUGGCCAUUCUCCAGAAUCUUUUGAUAGAUCAAAAUAUGAGAGAGUCGAGGCUACUGGAUCUAAAGAUCCUCCACAAACUUACACACCAAUUCCACUUGAGGCAAGCAAUUCCUCUGCUCCACCUGCUUUUAAAGAGUGCAUCUAUAGCCAUAGGCUAGAAGUUCGAAGCAAUGUUGGUAUGAGACAGGACAGGUGUGAGGUUACUGGUUCAAAAGAUGAUCAAGAUGGAGUUUUCACUGCACCACUUCCCAGACCAAGCUAUCCGUCUGAAGGAAAAACCAUGUUUGAUAUUGACAAUGUAUCCUCUCCAUCAACACCACUAAGAUCUCCUGGCAUUGAUGUUUCUGAUGACAAGGAUUCAGAAGUGGUUUUUGCACCCAAGUUGGAGCAAUUAAAAUUGGUGGAGAGAACGCUUUGUAAAAGGCCACGAAACAAGGAUGUCGUUGAUGAUACAGCAAAACGAGAAGCUUUGAAACAGUGCAGGAAGAUGCCUGGGGCAAGAGGAAGCUUAUUAAUGGCUGCACUGGAUGCAUCUUUGAAGAAUGAAGGUUCAGUGCACAAAAGAAGCAAGAAAAUAGUAUCAUCCCCAAGGAAGAACGGUAAGCACACGAAACAUCAUCGCAAAUUAAUCUCACGUAAAUUGACUACUUCUAGUUUUUGGUAAUGGGAUUU